AGUUUUCCCCUGGGGACACGCACUGUUCGUUGAAGCGUCUUUUUCAUCUGUCAUCUGUUUCUAUCUCUUAUACCUUCUCUCUCUCACUCUUUACUUCCCUCAUUUCGGAUUAUCAAUCCCCCACCUUAUCACUGUAGAGAGAAACAGAUAGAUAUACAGAAAUAGAGGAAUCUUUGAAGAAUGUGGUACUUCUCCUAAUAAUUCCUUUUCAUAAUAUUUUUCCUACUGAAAUGCUAAUAUUUCUGCUCAUUUUCAUAAAGUUCAAUGGACUUGGCACAGUGCCAAUUGAGACGAAACAUUUUUAUGUCGAUGCUAGUGCCAGGAGAUUCGAUAGACUUAUUAGUUCUGUUGAUCGAAAUAUCGGAGAAAGCGAUAUCAUUCAUCCAUCUGUUUGUCCAUCAUCAUGCGAACAUCUUCAUCAAGCGAAACCAUAUGUACAAAAUCAUACAGACAUUAAUUACAGUAUCAAGGAGUGCUCCUGCAUUUGUCCACUAGCAACGCCAUCGUAUGUGAGCACUGUUGGAAAAUGUGUCGAUAGAUUGAAUGACUGUUCCAACACUAUCCGCUGGAAAUCAAUAAACUUUGCAAUUCCAGUCGUUCAACUCCAACCUCAUACUAUAGUUCUCCCAGAUGCCGAACUAGAUUUCAGAGGCGCCGGAAUCCGAACAUCAUCACGUGGAGCCGACGAGUGGAAUUGUUCAAUUAAGAAGAUCAUGUACGAGAAUUUGAACACGAAAUGGAGGUCUAUAGCAAAGGAGAGGGGCAUUUUUCAGCUGACUAGUUCCAAUGGAAAGCCUAUUGUUUAUUUUGGCGGAACUGAAUUCGAUGCGUCAUUCCUGACUGGAGCCGUCGUAAUGAUAAAGUUGGAUUGUAAGACGUUCAUGUCAGCAGUCUCCGCCCCAUUCUGCAUUUCUCUCCGAAUUGCCGGUACUUCAGGUACCUCUUCCCAUUUCGACCAUAAGCGAUUCGAUUCCGAAGAGCCCGGAUGGAGAGUGGAAUCCACAUUUCUUCUGAUAAUUGUGGCUCUAAUCGUAAUUGUUCUCAUAAUCACGUUAGUCGUCUGGAAUAUCUGCUGGGGUAUUAAAAAACGAAAACUAAUCAGUGACUUUCAAAUGCAAUUUGUGCAACAGUACAAGCAUCAGAAUCAAAUUCUUCAGCAAAAUGGGACGGAAUUUGAAGAAAUCGAAGAGCAAGAAAUUCUUCAGUCACAUUCACAAUCAUUGAAUCGCAAGCGACUUAUUUUUAGUUCAGAAUACUUUGACUCUGCACAAAUGACCCAUCCGUCACCGCUAGCCAUACAAUUCCUUUACGACUUGCGACGAGUUGUAGAUGUUGCAAAGGAACGUAUACGUCAGCGCCGCUUUAUUCCGGCGCUUCCAGUUAUCAUUGAGGACGUCGAAAAUGAGAUAGAUUACGUGGAAGCUGUUGAGGGGCCAGUGGAUAUCGCUAGUUCAGCGACGCCCGAGUCGUCGCCACGCAGUGAGCAGAAAUCAGUGGAUAGCGGGAGAGAAUCGAGAGAUGAAUCCGAGGAAGACGAGGAGACUGCUCCUGGGACAGAGGGGCAAAAGGAGAUUUCUACAAUGACACAAAGUAAAGUGUCAGAUAUUGUGAAAUCUUUUGAAAAAUCUGCUCCCCGGCCUUCAUAUGUCCCGAUUAUGCUGAACUCCUCGAUGCGGAAGAAAAAACCGCUGAAGGUUGCUUCAACAACCCACGUGGAUUCUCCAGAGGAAGUAGCUCAAGCGUUUAGAAGUCGAAUUAAGGCGCCAACUGCGUUCACCGAUAAAAAAAGUCCUCGUGAGCGAAAAGGAUAUGCAGUUUUUCCAUCUGAUGGAACGUUCAACAAGUCAUUGCCACGUCGAGGAAAACGCCAACCGCAUGCACCACUGACAAACUAGUAGAAAUAAUCUAUCAACACCAUUUCCCUUGAGAUCUCCAAAUUUUCUGUGUUAUUCAUUUCGAGAAUUUGUCAGGAUUUGUCUUAAAUUCGGGUACUUUUUUUCUGUUUGAGACAGCAAUGAAAUUGUAAUUGUUUUAAUUGUGAAAAAUAAGUGUAUAUAUAGGAAUAAAACACUAUAAAGGUG